GUUUUAUACAAACGGAGUUUUAGUUGUUUUGAAGUUCUCCAACCCGCCGUUAGCACUGUUAGCUUGCUAGCUAACUGAGCGGGUCACAAAGUGAACUUUGUCCCACAGUUGGAGCAGCUGCUGCGGAGAGCAGAGGUCAGUCCCACAGCUCAGCUCCCUCUUCCUCCUCCUCCUCUUCCUCCAGGACGAUGGCGAACCCUCUGAGGGCUGAAGUGGUCCGACUUUAUAAAAAUCUCCUCUACCUCGGACGGGAGUACCCCAAAGGAGGCGACUACUUCAGGGACCGUCUGAGAGCGGCGUUCGCUAAAAACAGAUCGGUGCAGGACCCGGAGCAGAUCAAGGAGAUGAUCGCUCGGGGGGAGUACGUGGCCCGAGAGCUGGAGGCGCUCUACUACCUGAGGAAGUACAGAGCCAUGAAGCAACGCUACUACGAGGAGUAACAGACACUCACACUGGCACAAACUACAGGAUCCAUUCAUCCUGCUGAAGCACGAGACAAACAUAAGAGGAAAAAAAUCUUUGUAUUUAUUUCAAACAGCGGACGGCGUCCCCUCAAGACAAAAACCAAAUAACUGAAUCAGUACGGAGAGAAAACAAAUAAAAGUAUAAAAAAAGACAA